AUGGGGCCCCCGGGCAAUAGGGGAUCAUGGGCCCCUGUGUCCUUGCCCAAACUCAAAAAAGCCUAUGAAAAAGGUACCAGGGGCAUCUCAUUGGGCCCCCUACUGACCCUGGACCCUCGGGCAGUGCCCGAGUUUCCAAAUGGUCAGUCCUCCCCUGCUGAGGACAUCCUGUAUAUUGCUUGCCAGUGAUAAUUCUCCUGUAGGUGGCAGCAUAACUCAACAGUUACAGUCUUCUUGUGUCUCUCAAUGGACAUGAAAGAAAUUGUGUUUUUAAGUAAUUUCAGUUU